AUGGAGCCCAUCAACAUCAACGCCGAGGCCCUGCGAGUGCUGUCAGCGCCCUCCCACGACGCUUGGGCUCAACUGGGCUUGGCCCGCGACGCCUCUCGUGCCGAGGUGAAAGCGCGUUACAAGCGGCUGUGUCAACUGCACCCGGACAAGAACCUGGGAAAUGACUUGGCGGCGCGAGCCUUUGCCUUGGUUAUCGCGGCGUUCACCGCCUGCUCCGCCAGCCCGCUGCACAGCAGCCAGCCAGAGGCUCAGCCACAUGCCAACCGAUGGCAGGCGUUUACCGGAGUGUCCCUGCUGCAGCAGCAGCAGCAGCAGCAGCAGCAGCAGGAUGAGGCACCCGCGGUGUUCCAAAAUGCCAAUGGCGGCAGCUCUCAAACUGAGAACCGCACGCCCCCGACCGAGCGUGCAGCAGCUGCGGGAGGAGGGGGCACUUGGCAGGCCUCCAAGUGGGGCACGUAUGGUGGCAGCAGCCUGCUGAGGGCGCAGCCGGUGGCUGCCGCGGCUGCUCCUACAGCAGUGUUAGCGCCAGAACAGGCCAGCACCCACAAGCAGGACCGACACUGGCAGCCGGCACCCGCGCCGAAGGUGGAGCGGCGCGCCAAUGGCUCGUCACCGACCUGUGACAGUGCAAGCGGCAGCAGCGAUGAGGAUGAUGGCGCUUUGGCGACAAUUAUGAAGCCAUCAGCCGCGGGCCUGCAGCCUGCUGCAUUCUACGGCAGCAGCGGCAAGCGUGGCACACCCCAGGCGCCGCCAGCAGCUGCAGCAUCACUAUAUGGCUUGUUUGGUGGGCGGCGCAGCAGCGGUGGCCAGGCGGCCAGCUGGCUGGGCGCUCGCCACUCCGAGCACCACAGCCAGCCGCUGGUGCCGGGGCCAGCGGCGGCGACGCAGCAGUACACUGCACCGCAGGCUGGCAAUAGAUGGGCCGGAAAAGGCAAGCUGCUGGCAGAGCUGCUGAGGCAGCCCUCCUUGAUGGCGGCGCCGGCACCAGCCGGUGCUGUGGGCGGCGGCCCGCCUGCGCGGGAGCAGCCGCAACAGGGCAGCGGAGCCGGGGAUGGGAGGCGCAAGCGGCAGCUCAAGGAGGGGGUGGUGCUGAGCACGAGCACCUCUGCCAGCAGCAGCGACGAAGAAGAGGAGACCAGUGCCAGCAGCGGCGAUGAGCUGCCUGAAGGCGAGGCAGGCAACGGGCCGCAGCGAGCAGCGGCGCCACCUAGGGCCAGGGAGCGGCUGGCAGCCGCGCUGUUCCGUCAGGAAGCAGCGGCUCGGCUGGCAGCACAGGCCGCCGGCAGCAACAUUAUCCAGCGGGGCAAGGCCAAGGCGCUGAAGCGAUACCGCACAAAGCGGCAGAAGGGCGGAGGCGGCUUGGGCGGCAAUGGCAAAGUGUCGUCUGGAAGGCAGCAGCAGUCAAAGCUAACCUUGACGGUGGUCAAACCAGCUGCUGCGUCUGCGACACAGCGUGCUUGA